AGCAUGGGGACCCCUCGGGUGCCCGCGCGGACUGUGCUCUUCCAGCGGGAGAGGACCGGCCUGACGUACCGCGUGCCCGCGCUGCUGCCCGUACCCCCCGGGCCCACCCUGCUGGCCUUCGCGGAGCAGCGUCUCAGCCCCGACGACACGCACGCCCACUGCCUGGUGCAGAGGACCGGCUGGCUGGCCGGGGCCUCUGUGCGGUGGGGCGCCGCUCGCGUGCUGGGGACGGCGGCCCUGGAGGAGCACCGCUCCAUGAACCCCUGCCCGGUGCACGACGCGCGCACGGCCACCGUCUUCCUCUUCUUCAUCGCCGUGCACGGCCGCACCUCCGAGGCCGCGCAGAUCGCCGCGGGCACCAACGCCGCGCGCCUCUGCUUCGUGACCAGCCGGGACGCAGGGCGCAGCUGGGGCGGCGCGCGGGACCUCACGGCGGAGGCGGUGGGAGGCGCCGAGCAGGACUGGGCCACGUUCGCUGUCGGCCCUGGCCACGGCAUCCAGCUGCGCUCAGGUCGCCUGCUGGUGCCAGCCUAUACCUACCGCGUGGACCGACGAGAGUGCUUUGGCAAGAUCUGCAGGACCAGCCCCCACUCCUUUGCCUUCUACAGUGAUGACCAUGGCCGCACCUGGCACCGCGGAGGCCUCGUGCCCAAUCUGCGCUCGGGCGAGUGCCAGCUGGCUGUGGUGGACGGUGGGCGGGCCAGUGGUGUUCUCUACUGCAAUGCCCGGAGCCCCCUGGGCAGCCGCGUGCAGGCUCUCAGCGCAGACGAGGGCACCUCCUUCCUGCCUGGGGAGCUAGUGCCCACCCUGGCUGAGACAGCCUGGGGCUGCCAGGGCAGCAUCGUGGGCUUCCCGGCCCCGCCCUCUAGCCAGCCCCAGGAUGAGGGGUGGUCAGUGGGUGCUGGGAACCCCCCACAGCCUCCACACCUCUUUCCUAGAGUCCAGGAACCCCCAGAGGAGGGCGCUGGAGAUACCGGAGGGGGCAGGAGGCCUGGUGGGAUGGGAGGAUGUGGGGACAGCCCCAGAGAGCCUGGUCAGGGCCCUGGGCUUGGUGGGCAUAAGGAGUCCUGGACCCCAAAGCUCUCCAGGCCCCCUGUUGCCUUGUCUCAGAGCCCCACGUGGCUGCUGUACUCCCACCCGGCAGGGCGCAGGGCUCGGCUCCACAUGGGCAUCCACCUGAACAGGUUCCCUCUGGACCCCCACAGCUGGACGGAACCCUGGGUGAUCUACGAGGGCCCCAGCGGCUACUCUGACCUGGCCUCUAUUGGGGCCACCGCAGAGGGAGCCUUGGCCUUCGCCUGUCUGUUUGAGAGUGGGGCCAGGGUCUCCUACGAGGAGAUCUCUUUUUGCAUGUUCUCCCUUCCCGAGGUCCUGGAGAACGUGCCGGCCGGUCCCGAGCUGCCCAGCCACGGAGGCAAGCCUCGGGGGCGCUGCUGGCCCUCCUGAUGGGCCCUUGGGCCAGGCCUGGG